AUGCUGCUGGCUGUGCUGCUGCUGCUGCCCCUCUCAGACUCAUGGUCUGUCCACGGGCACCCGCUGUACAUGCGCCUGCCCCCCAGCACCCUGCAAGCUCUGUCAGCCCAGGGGACAAAAGUGCUGCAGGCCGCCCAGAGGAGCGCCCUGUGGGCGGUAAAUCAAGUGGUGAUGGAGAUCCAGCACAGACUGCACGAGUGCCAAGGAUGUGCCAACCACACCACCGCAUGCCCCGGCCCGUGUGGCGAGAGGCGCCCGGGCACUGUCAACGUGACGCGGGCCCACGGCCGCAUUGUGGGGGGCAGCGCGGCGCCGCCCGGGGCCUGGCCCUGGCUGGUGAGGCUGCUCCUCGGCGGGCAGCCUCUGUGCGGCGGCGUCCUGGUGGCGGCGUCCUGGGUGCUCACGGCGGCGCACUGCUUCGCGGGGCGCGAGGGCCGGUCUUUGCUGCCCCCUGGCGGCGGCCGCCCCCCUCCCCAACUCCCCGGCCUCCAGGCGCCCACGCCGCCCAGCCAUGGCGCUAAUCACCGCCCGGCGCGUUCGGCCCGCUCGGGACCGCCGCCUCCCCGACCCCAGGCGGAGAAACAGCCUGGCGUGCGGGCCCGCUGGGUGAUGCCCAUGGGCGGAGGCAGGGUCUCCGGGGGACCUCGCUGCCCUGUUGUCCUGCGUAUCACUCGCCACUCGCCCUGCAGCGCCCCGAACGAGCUUCUGUGGACGGUGACGCUGGCCGAGGGGCCCCGGGGGGAGCGAGCGGAGGAGGUGCCGGUGAACCGCAUCUUGCCCCACCCCAAGUUUGACCCGCGGACCUUCCACAACGACCUGGCCCUGGUGCAGCUGUGGACGCCGGUGAGCCCGGCAGGGGCGGCGCGCCCCGUGUGCUUGCCCCAGGGGCCCCGGGAGCCCCCCACUGGCACCCCCUGCGCCAUCGCGGGCUGGGGGGCCCUCUUCGAAGAUGGACCUGAGGCUGAGGCAGUGAGGGAGGCCCGCGUGCCACUGCUCAGCGCCGACACCUGCAGAAGGGCCCUGGGGCCCGGGCUGCGCCCCAGCAGCAUGCUCUGUGCUGGCUACCUGGCCGGAGGCAUCGACUCAUGCCAGGGUGACUCUGGAGGACCCCUGACCUGUUCUGAGACUGGCCCCCGCCCCAGGGAGGUCCUGUACGGAGUCACCUCCUGGGGAGACGGAUGCGGGGAGCCAGGGAAGCCCGGGGUCUACACCCGCGUGGCCGUGUUCAAGGACUGGCUCCAGGAGCAGAUGAGUGCGGCCCCCUCCAGUCGCGAGCCCAGCUGCAGGGAGCUUCUGGCCUGGGAGCCGCCCGAGGAGCCGCUGGCAGACGCGGCAGCAAUGCCCUGUGCCUUCUACGGCCACCUGUGCCCGGGGCCCGCCGGCGCCUGUGCGCGCCCGGCGCACCAGCAGUGCCUGCAGCGCCGGCGGAGAUGCGAGCUGCGCUCGCUGGCGCACACCCUGCUGGAGCUGCUGCGGGGCGCCCAGGAGCUGCUCGGCCCGCGCCCGGGGAUGCGGCGCCUGGCCCCGGCCCUGGCUCGCCUGGCUCCGUCGCUCCAGGAGCCUCCCAGCCGCCUCGCCCGCGAGCAGCGGCUGCACGCAGGCUCGCGGGCUGCAGGCGCGCGGUUCCCAAAGCGGAGGCCCGAGCAGCGCGGGGAAGCGGACGGCUGCCCUGGGCUGGAGCCCCUGCGGCAGAAGCUGGCCAUCAUCCAGGGCACCCACGCCUGGAUCCUGCAGGUCCCCCCGGAGCGCCUGGCCAUGGACUUCCACGAGGUCCUGGCCAAUCUGGGCUCCAAGACGCUGACCGGGCUCUUCCGAGCCUGGGUUCGGGCAGGCUUGGGGGGCCGGCACGUGGUCUUUGGGGGCCUGGUGGGCCUGGAGCCGGCCACACUGGCUCGCAGCCUUCCCCGGUUGCUGGUGCAGGCCCUGCGGGCCUUCCGCUUGGCAGCCCUGGGGGAGGCACAGCCCGAGGGACCCCGGAUGGAUUCGAAGCAGGGCCAGGGGCUGGGGAGGAAGGGGCACCACCCACUCAGCCCUCGGGUUCCCCCAGCGAGGCCGUGAGCCAUGCCUCAGCCUCCAGGCCCUGGGCAGGACCUACUGCUCCCAGGGGCUGGGAGGGGUUCAGGGAGCAU